UGUAAAACGACACAUAGUGCCUAGCAGUGCUUAUUUUUUCAAAUAAUUAUCCUGCUUUACAGGCUUCAAGCGGGAGAGUGGCCAAAACAAAAAAACCGACGAAAUCAGUUAAGACAAUGACGAGGCAUUAUAGAAGAAAUAGGCAGGUGACCACUACAAGUGACAGCAGGGAUGCCAUUAAAACUGGUCGAAGACCCCCAGAAACUAUAGCAUCAACAGAAACGGAUCUUGGUCAGCCAAUAACAGAAGAGGAUCAGGAGGAUCAGGCGGAUUUAGAGCGACUUUUUAAUGAAAAAACACGCAGAUGGCUUCCAUCAAAAGUUCCCGACUUUGCAGAUGUCCAAUCAUCUGGAGCAACCCAAGAUGAAGAGGGUGUUUGUACGCCAUCCACUGCGGCGGUUGAGGACGAGCCUUUGGAAGAAUCGAUGAUUCAUGUUGCCCCACCAGAUGAAGAAGAGGAAGUAAACAUGCUAGAUGAAGAAUUCAUGGAGAAGGACUUCAACGAUGCUCUAUACGCAGACCCAUUUUUAGAAUCUUUUGAAGAUGAUUAUUUUGGCGACAAUUUGUAUGAUUUUCACUCAAAGUUCAUGCUGGAAAAAAUAUUACGGGAGAAUCCUUCAAAAUAUAAACUCUGCACCCUUUACAUAGAAACCAACCAGAAGGCUCAUGCAAUUCCGAUAGGCACAAAUGAACAAAUACCGCGUAUUGAACUAUACGGCAGAACACGUUCUGGGCUUGCUUUUAAUGAAUCGGAUGUUGUCGUUGAAGUGUUUAACCCACCUAAAAAAGAUCCAAUACCAAGCCAUACAUACAGAGGAAAAGUUAUUGGUGUAUGGUUCGAACCCCGUGUCAAGAAGUUCUCUCGAUUUGCAUGUACCAUUGACGACUACAGCAGUAACCUUGCAAAGCCAAUAUGCCAGACAGUUCCUAAGAUUAAGCUCCUUGGAUUUCCUGACAACGUCCAGGAGAAAGAUGAAUCAUAUGUCCCUAUAUACUCUGUAGAAUAUAACGGCCAAUUGAAAUACAAAAAGAAGAUGAAGAUAGAGGCCAAAUACAAAGAUGACAUCAUACUCUUGGUAAGAUACCUGAAAUGGAAGCCCUUCCAUGUUUUUCCUCUUGGGGUUGCUGUUGGUGUCUUGAAGGGUAGCGCAUCACUAGAGAGAGAAAUGAGGCUACUCAUGAUUCAACACGACCUUGUUAAAACGUUCCCAACACAUGUUGCUGAUCGAGUAAAGGCUUUGUCCAAAAAACACAAAAAAAUCCCCGCGCGUGAGAUUAAAAAACGAUUGGACUACAGGGGCGUAGUGACCCUGACAAUUGACUCCGCCGAUACACGAGAUAUCGACGACGCAUUGAGUGUUGAAGAAAUAGGAGACGACAUCACCCGCAUCGGGGUUCACAUCGCUGACGUCACGUAUUUUGUUAAGAAGGAUGACCUGAUCGACAAAGAGGCUCGAGCACGAGGUGUCAGCUUUUAUCCUCCCCAUGAUCAACCACGCAUAUUCAUGCUACCGGAUGAACUCACAACAUCCAUGUGUAGUCUCGUCGAGGGAGAAGAUAGGCUGGCACUUUCAGUAUUCUUUGAUUUUGAUAAAAAAUUAAACAAGGUUUCCAAACAUACCAUUAAGAGAACGGUGGUGAAAUCGAAACAGAAAUUAUCCUAUGAAGAAGCAGAGGACAUACUGUGCGGGACAGGACUUCCAAAUGAAAUAAGCAACACUUUGAAAAAAUUACAUCACAUUGCAAGUAAAAUUCAGGCCCAGCGAUUGAAAGAGGGGUCUGCUUUUAACCAGUUUCAGGACAACGGUGCCCCUAUGGCUCACGUGACUGUGGAAGAAUUCAUGAUCUUGGCUAACGUGACCAUAGGGCGAUCCCUUGGCGAAUCAUUUCAGCAUGUUCUUCUACUUGUGCAAGACCCUCCUGUGGAUUCAGCUUUGCAAAUGUGGCAAAAAGAGUUCAACCAAGUAGCCAAGCACUCCACCACAUUGAAAAAUUACCGACGAAAAUAUGACACAAACGCGCCACCUGGAUCAAAGCAGAGGCAGUUGGCUACGCUGCAUUUGAGGGAAGCGCUGUGGAAGAAAGCACUUGAGCUUUCCAGGAAUGGGGGUGGGCAGGAACUUUUGGAGAUAUUUUCCAGAGAACAGCAUGCUCCUUUAAUAUACAGUGCACACUGGAACCUUAUCGAACUCCAACGACCGACCCGACCGGCUUGCAGUUCCGCUGCCAACCCGUCCCAGUAUAAAGAGCACCACGGACUGAACUUGACGGACUACACUUGGUUUACGUCUCCGAUACGAAGAUACGUGGACAUCGUAGUCCACCGGUUUGUACACGCCAUGCUUGACAAGGCAGAUGACACUCCGCCUUAUUCCCAAGAAGAAUUGGAAGAAAUUUGCAAGGAGAUGAAUGCGCUCCACAGGAAAGCCAAGAAGUUCCAUGGUGCAUGUGAACUCAUGCAAUUCUGCCNACGUCCAGGAGAAAGAUGA